CACACACUCUCUCUUUUCCCUGAUUUUAGCUUACUCUUUGCUGAUACAAUAGUGUGUUGAUUCUUCUUUUUUCGUGUUGGGUGUAGUCAUGGCAGCAGCAUCAGCUACCGAUAUCGACUUUGACCUCAGUAAGAGUAGAACUUCUAGAAGCACUUGAACCUUUUAUGAUUGGUUCUACUCAAUCAUCUAGUAUUUGGUUGCACCCAGAAGCCAUUUUCGAUGAUCCUUUAUGGUCGACAACCCAGAAUAUGUUUCCAAGUUUUGAGCAUAUGGGUGCAGUGUUGAGUGUUCAAUCACUUGAGGAUGUAGGAGCGUCGACAGCGAUUCAUUCGUUGUGUCAAAUGUCGAAUGAUGUCACCAGUGCUCAGGUUGAUUCUUCUCCUGCUAUAUAUUAUCUUGGACCAUUUAACUCGGAAGAGCUAGCACAACUUGAUGCUUCUUUUCGCCAACCAAACAGAGCAAGUGUUGGCCUUGAAAUUGAAAAGGACGACACAAAUGAAUUGGUGCAACUUAAUUCACAUUUUGAGCAACCGAAUGUGGAAACUGACCAAGUGGAGCAUAGCGAUGAUAUUGCUAGAUGUGGAAGACAAUUGUUUAUACGUGAAGCUACAAAUGGAGAAAGUAACCUCCUCUGUGGAGCAACGACGACUAACCUUCAGAUUAUUGAUUCAAAGAAGAACAAGGCAAAAGAGAGGAUAGUAAAAGAUUAUGGGAUCACUCGUGAGACUCUGGAGCAGCAUUUUGGCAUGACUCUUGAAGAUGCUGCUAAAUCUCUACAUGUUAGUCGAUCAACACUGAAACGGAUAUGUAAAGCAUAUGGUAUAUCUAGAUGGCCACAUCAUAAGACUAGAAAGGUUGAUCACCAUGUUAGCUAAGUCGAUCACUCAUGAAGGAUUUUAUGUUCCAUCUUCAGUUGCUUCAGAAAAGGUGAUUCCAGGAUGAAGAUACCAAGCUAUUUCAGACAGAGAGUGACGCUGACGAGGACCUCCA